GCGCAGUUUUCGUCUACAAUAUUUUGACUUUGUGCACUACAUCGAUGAUUUAUCUUUUGGCUAGAAUUUCUUGUCAACGGCAACGGCUGUGGCGCAUGUUUUUUGUUGUUACUUUGAAAAAUUAUUUCAUAAUUGAUUGAAGAAAAAUAUAGGAAAAAACACCUCUCAACACGCUAAAAAAGUCAAAAAAAUUAUCGAUUAGUGGUGAGUGAAAUCGAAAGCCUUCAUAAGUAGACGAUGCUUGUGCACUGUAGCUGAAAUAGGCGUUUUUGGGAGUUAAUUUUGCUUUGAUAUUGUAAAUAUUUGUGGGUAGUGGUCCUGAAAAAUGGCAAAAACAUAUGAUUAUCUUUUCAAACUGUUAUUGAUUGGUGACUCAGGAGUCGGGAAAACAUGUGUGCUCUUCAGGUUUUCGGAGGACGCCUUCAACUCAACCUUCAUUUCGACUAUAGGCAUUGACUUCAAAAUCAGGACAAUUGAACUGGAUGGGAAGAAGAUAAAACUUCAGAUAUGGGACACAGCGGGUCAGGAGCGGUUCCGAACCAUCACCACGGCCUACUACCGCGGCGCCAUGGGCAUCCUGCUCGUCUACGACAUCACUAGCGACAAGUCGUUCGACAACAUCAAAAACUGGAUCAGGAACAUCGAGGAGCACGCAUCGGCAGACGUGGAAAAGAUGAUUCUCGGAAACAAGUGUGAUAUGAACGACAAACGACAGGUAUCCCGAGAGCGCGGCGAAGAACUGGCAAACGAGUACGGCAUCAAGUUUCUCGAGACGUCAGCCAAGUCCUCCAUCAACGUGGAGGAGGCCUUCUUCACACUGGCACGGGACAUUAAGGCCAAGAUGGAGAAAAAGCUGGAGUCGUCGAACCAGGCCAAGACCUCCCACCAGCUGCGGGACGAGGCGCCCAAGAAGAACUUUACGAGUUGGUUGGCCCGCUGCUCUAUUCUUUGAUAGGUAUAUAUAGGUGCACACAGAUGUAUGGGCGGGACGGGAGGGUGGAUGGAAGGCUUGGCCGGUCGGCUCGGGCGGCGGACGGCGCGCCGUUAGACUGCCAACGUUCUCCAGCACACACAGACACACAAACACACACUCGACACCCCGCGCGCGCGCUUCACGCAGCCUGCUCCGCGGCGCCCGGCCUGUCGGGGAGGUGGGUAGUCGGCGCGCCGCCCCGCCCCCUCCCCGGCCCGUCUCGUCGUGGGUCGAGUCGGGAGGUGAAACGGACGUCGGCCGACCGACGGACCAACCGACCGAUUCGACGGACAGAAAUCCCGGCGGCUUCAAUUCAGCCGGCCCGUUGCGAGUGGAUCAGCGGGGCUCGACGGGCGGCGAUCGCCGAGAUGAGAGGCGCGGCGGGCGGCGGCCGAAGGGCCCGUGACGCGAGUGUACCGAGAGUCUGAGCGGCCGAGGUGGCCGACGGCGGCCCCGAAUGACAGACGUGCUAAUGGUAACGCGAGGCGGGGCAAUACGGAUGAGGUGAUUAUAGUACUGGGAGGUGUUCAGCACGGAUUUCUAGGCUUGGUCAAUGUUCCAUGCAGCAGCUGCCGCCGGACCCGACGGUGACCUGGCCGCGCCGUGGUCCCGCGGUCCGGUCCGUGGUCCCGCGGUCCGGUCCGUGGUCCCCGAGCUCCGGUCCGUGGUCCCCGGGUACCCGUCCCUGUUCCGCCAGCCUCUGUCGCACGCUUUGUGUGUUGAUACGGAGCAGGCCGAGCCGGCGGGCCGCUGCCGUCAGAGGUACGGGUCAGUCGCGGCCCGCACAGUGACCGGGGUCGGCCCAGCUCGGAUACUGUGGCGGCGCCUCCCAGAGGACGACCGCCAGCGCUACGCUCACUGGCCACCUGCAGAGGGCGGACGGCAGGACUGCGCGUGCGCGCCGAGACCAGAAGGCUGUCGGCGUUUUUAGAUUCCCCCAAAUUUUGGCAUUGUAUGCUUGGGUGUAAAAGGCACGCCGGCCAUUUUAUAUGGAGGGUUAUGCAAUUGUGUUGCGGCUGCGCUGGUGCCUUCCGUACUUGUUUUGUUCCUAUGCCCGGCGGCCUGCUCGUUUCCCCGCGCCCAUUAGAUACCUGCCUCGGAUCGUUUACGGAACUAACGUACGCAAAAGGCGCUCCUGUAGCCCGUGUGAACAAAAUGACUAGCGCUAUCCUCUGCAGGCUCGUAAAGAAAUAUAGAGCAUAAUUUGCCGCUGUAUAUUUGGUGUUGCGAUCUAUGUCAACAUUGCAUAUGGGUGAAUGUUUUUUUUCUGUUGUCCUUGUAAUCAUGAAAUAGAGGCGACCGUAUGCUUCAACCCCAAAAUGGCUGUAUGAUAAAGACAUUUCGAUAAAUGAAGAGAA